AUGUUCUUACGCAUUUUGCUCAACAAAGUAAAGUGUCCUACUUGCUAUGAAGAUAUUAGGACAGUUAAUAGGACCAUUUAUGACUCUUACAAAGAUGCUUGCUACACUCUUGUUCUAUUAGACGAUGAUAGAGAGUACAAAUCAUCUAUACACGAAACACAUCAUUGGGCUACCGCUUCUUUCCGUAGGCCUCUAUUUGUUAUGUUGAUUACAUCGAAUAGUCUAUCUGAACCUCAUCAUGUUUUUAAAGAGACCUAUAAUUGUCAUUCUGGUGAUGUUGUUCACGUUUGUGAAGAAGAAAUCGAUGUGAUAGGUGGUGUCUUUUUCAUGUAUGGUUAUGGAGGAAUAGGAAAAACAUUUGUUUGGAAGACAUUGUCUGCUGCUAUUAGAUUCAAAGGUGAAAUUGUUAUCAAAAUUGCUUCAAGUGGAAUUGCAGCACUCUUUCCCUCUGGUGGUAGGACAACACAUUCAAUAUUUCAUUUACCAAUUAACUUGAAUGAGGAUUCAUUUUGUUCUAUUACGCUGGGUAACGACGUAGCUACCGUGUUGAAUAAAGCGAGACUUAUCAUUUGGGAUGAAGUCGUGUUGAUGCACCAUCAUUGUUUCGAAGCAUUUGAUAGGACAUUUAGAGACGUUAUCCUUUCAUCGAACAAGAAUAAACUGUUUGGAGGCAAGACCAUUGUCAGUUAUCCAAACAAUGAUUUCAAAGAGACAAAAUCAUUUGCUGAAUGGAUUCUUAAAAUUGGUGAAGGUACUAUCAGUGGCCCUAAUGACGGUGAAGUUGAAGUUGAAUUUCCAAAAGAUUUUAUCGUUCCCUCUAUAGGUGAUCAUAUUCAUUCAAUUGUAUCCACCCUUUAUUCAUCCUUUCAGAACCAUCUUGAUGAUCCAUCUUAUUUUCAAGAUAAAACUAUUUUGGUCCCUACAAAUGAAGAAGUUGGUGCUAUCAAUGACUACAUGUUAGAAUUGAUGAAAGAUGAAGGAAAAAUGUAUCGGAGUUCAGAUUCUGUUUUGUGA